AUGUCUUUGACUUCAAAUUCACAAAUCUACGGCCAAAAUGAGACACUUAUUUCAUCUAUUCGUAAUAUUAUAAAGGAUUAUCCUCCAGAGAGCAUAUUUAAAGAAUUCCUUCAAAAUGAGAAAAACUUGCCAAAAAGACAGGGCGUAACUCAACGCGGGAUGAUUGGACCUUUUCCACAAAACGGUAUUGGAGGAUAUACUGAAAUGGACCAAUUGGUUCCUUAUGAAGGCAUUGAAGGCAUCGAUUUCCGUUCGACUUUUCAAGGAACACUAUUUCGAAUGCCACUUCGGAAACAACCAAGUGAUAUUUCAGACAGUAUUUUUACUACAGAUCAAAUUCUCAAAUUGUUCACCGACCUUAAAUCAACUAUCUCCUCCCAAUUUUUAUUUCUGCGACAUAUCGAAACAAUCGAAAUAUCUCAUAUACCUGAGACAACAAUUCCAUUACAAAUGAAUUCACUUUAUAAAUCAAUUAUAACGGGAUUUACUGAAAAUUUAAGAAAACAAAGAAAACGCGUCAUAAACAAUGAAAUUCAAACUUUCCAAAUGGAGAUCGAACAAAUCGAAAAUACCAACACUAUACAAAAGGAAUCUUGGAUUAUCGCUACUGGCGCCCAACCAAUUCCUGAAGAUUCUCAGUUGAAAAAAUAUGCAAAACGAUAUCGAUUACGCGUAUUAGGUGGCAUUGCUGCUUUACAUAAAAGUUCGAAAGUUAACUUCCGGAGAAACUUUAAAGGAAUAAUAUACUCUUUUCUUUCGUUACCCGACACCACAUAUCUGCCGUUUCAUCUUAAUGGAACCUGGGCUCAAGGCUCAGAUCGUGGAAGGUUAUUGAUAGAAAAAGAUAACUCACCGGAUUUAGAUCAUCAGAAGCUCAAUUGGAAUAGACAUAUCAUGCUAGAAUUUCUCCCGAAAAUAUAUUGUAAGUUUAUAAAGAAAGCCCGCGAACUACACGAAAGAGAGAAAAAUGAGGGCACCGAGAGCAUUGAUUUUAAAGAAAAUGAGAAAUUCUUCUCUAAGUUCUGGCCAUUUCCACUCACUGAACAAAGUAAUUCUAAGUACGUGGUUGAAUUCGGUUUUAAAGUACUCGAACAUAUGAUAAAAAAUGAAGACUUUUUUGAUGGCAGCAUUGAGGACCGCGUAAACUCUCUCUUCGAGGACUUAUUUCACGAUCAGAUUCAAGGGCUCCAUAAAAUGCUACGAAAAACCUGGGAUUUAAUUGCGAAUCAAAAUUUCAAGUCAUUGGUGCGCUUAUUUCCUAUUUGGAAAGUUUGUACAAAUCCAUUAGAUGUAAAUACAAAGGUACCUUUAAAACCAGCGUCAUGCGGAUAUUUUUUAGAGUCUUCCAUCAACCGAUAUCAAAUAAAGACUCCAAAAAUUUAUUUGAACCCUAUUGAUAACCUUGAUCGUAGAAUUUUAAAAGAACUUGAUGUUCCUAUGCGAACCAUAUUUGAUUACACUUUUGAGGACGUCGAGUUUCCUAAAGAGAUUGAUAAUCAUUAUCUCACUUACCUAAAAGAUAUACUUAAAAAAAAUGAUAUUGUUCAAAAUUUAAAGGAUAAACGUUGUUUUCCCAAUUCAGUUAAUAAGAAGACAAAGAAAAUCGCCGACCUAUACAAUUAUAACAACCUAGUUUUUCGGGCCGUGUUUGGUGGAGACUCUAAUGUUUUUCUACAUUCCGAUUUUUCCGAUUAUAUAGGAAGUUUAUCGAGAAUUGGAUUUAAAAAUGAAAUCGAUCCACAGAUAUUCAAAAUUUGUGCUAUUAAGGUCAAAGAAUUGCAAAGGGACCCGGAACCCCCAUCUGAUAUACGUCAUCGGGGCUUUAUCCUGGUUAAUUAUUUAUAUAAAAAUAUUAACUCUUUAAAUUUGGAAAGCAUUGAAGGAAUUCCAUUCAUUCCAAUUACCAAAAGUUUAGGCAAUCCUUACAACUUACACUAUAAACACCCUCAAGUUUUAGAAUGCUUGAAUGAUGUAAUUCUUCCCGCAUAUAGAGAAGUCGCGUGGAGCCAAUUGCCAUUGAUCGCGGAAGAUGUAAUACCACCUCAAGAAGUACUCAACAAAUAUCCAUCAUUUGGUAAACCGGACGUUUCUAUUGUAAUCAGACAUCUCCGUUUUUUAUUCAUAAUACUCCGGAUAGAUGACAAAUGGAAGACAGAUUGGGCUGAUUCAUUUAAAAACAACAUUUACGAGGUUUAUAAAUGGCUGGAUGAAGAAUGUAGUUCAAAUGAUGACCUUGAAUUAUCGGAACUUAUUAAUAGCGAUCAAUUAUUCCUUAAUUUCAAUAGAAAUGAUGAUCCAUUUAACAUUGAAAACUGGGUUUCUGCAAACGAUUUGGUCUUGAACAGUGAAGUUCAUGAGGUGAAAUAUGUCCAUCCAGAUCUUGCAAGGUUUCCUAACAUGCUCAAAAGUGCCGGUGCUCGGGAAAUAAAACGGCCAAAUGUUCGAAUUAUUGUCAAAAAACACGACCAAUCACAUCAUACCAACAGUACGUUGUUUAAAUUUUUGUCUAAUCCGACAUUCUCAUUGCAUGACGUAAUUUUUGUUGUGAAUGGUGAAAGUAUAAAAGCAAGCCGAUAUAUGCUCGCUGCAAGCUCUGAAUUUUUCAACCAAAAAUUCACUUCAGAAGAAUCAAGUCCGACUAUACCAGUCUCGAUCUCUAUUGAGAACAUUGAACCUAAUUCGAUGCGCAUUUUGUUACGUUACUUGUAUGGCCAGAAUAUAGAUGACGCAAUUCAAAACCGAAGGUUAAAUGAUGGUUACAUGUACUUUCGAAUUGCACAAGUUACCGAUCAUGCUCGAAAUUUUUUACUAUAUAAGAACUUGCUUAAAUUAGCAAAUGAUUUCAAGUUAGAUCAUUUGAAAGAGCUUAUGGAGUUGAGACUAUCACGAUUAGUUCUCAUGUCGAACGUCAACGAAAUCAAAAGCCUUGCAGAAUCUUCAAAUGCCAAUCAGCUGGAAGAAUAUUGUUAUCAUUUUAUUCGUGAUAAUAAUAAUUUGUAA